CAGCAUAACUUCUAAAAUAAUGGCCCGAUUAUGCUGAUUUUCGAACUCAUCCUGCAUUUUUAGUAAGAUUGACCAAACCUGUGAGUUAAAUAGAGUGUUUUCCACGAAAUCGAGAGCAUGCGCAGUUCGCGCCAUUUUGUGCGGGACUGUUUCUCAGGGGGCAAGAGUAGAAGGGGCCUUCAUGGACGGCUGUCACGAUGUAAAGUAGAUCUCCCGCUCUUUGCAUUUAUCGGUCAUGGGUGGCCAUGAUAACUGCUGCGUGUAUAACUGCAGCCACCGGAGAGGUAGAAAAGACAAUGUUUGUAGUUUUUUUGUAUUUCCAAAGGACAGACGUUCGAAAUUGUUAUGGAUUAGUGCCACUGGUCGUGCGGAUAUUUCAUUGAAAGAUAUAACUGACAACUUCAAAGUCUGUGGCUGUCACUUCCAAUCCGGAAAGCCAAACAGGAAAGAUAGUAAUUCUAUUGAUGCAGUACCAUCAGUUGAUUUACCAAAGUCACGCAAAACGGUUAAAACCAGGCGAACUUCAAACAGUAUUUCAAGUGCGACAUGGGCCGAAGCGACGGAGAGUAGGACUAGAAAAGCCAUCGUGGUAGGAAACUGUGUUCCAGAUGUGGGCCAAGAAGUUGUAUUUCCCCUUGUCCAGAACUCAGAUGGGGUAGUUGCUGUUUGUCAGAGAAUGGAUGAAGAAGCCACUGAUGACCAAAAAACUGCAGAAUUUCUGAAUGAAGAACACUAUGAGGCAGGCCACAAUUUUCAUUUUACAGGGAGUUUAGAGAUAAAAGGGGGAGAGGAAAAGGAAGAAUGUCCUGAAGGUUUUCAGUUGGAAUUGGAUAAAGAAGAAACACCGUUAGGGGAAAAUGUCAUCAGGCCCUUGGAACAAUUCCAAGAAGUAGGAAUAGGGAUAAACAUUGGCCAGGAAUUGCCCAGGUGGAAUGCUUUAAAAGAUAGACUACAAUUGGAAACAAAUGAAAACCUGGCAAAAUUUUUGAUGGACUACUACUGUAAUGGUGGGGACAAUUUUCUUAAUCCAGUCAUAAAUAACACCAUAGGGAUGCACAGUUUAACACAUUGCAGUUCAAAUUCUCAAAGUAAAUUGUGCACCAGAAAGCAGCAAGAGCCAGAGCAGAAUAGCACCAUUUCUGAAACAGUCACUGACACCAGAGGAGAGGAAGAUUUAGAUCACAGAAGAGAGCAAGAUUCAGAUUACGGUUAUUCCUGUACUCCAGCCGUCUCUGACACUAGCAGGGAGCAAGAUUCAAAUCACAUUAAUUCCUUUACUCAAGCUGUCUCUGAUCCCAAAGCACAGCAAGAAGCAUCUAAAAGUAUACAGAACAUACCAACAACACAAACCGACCAAUAUGCAUCAAUGAAACAGGUUGGUUCUAGUGGAGUUAAAGAUACAGUAAAGAAAUACUUGAUUGUUUGGGCUCCAAAGCGUCCGAAUUCAACCCAAAAAGGAGAUUCAGUGCCUAACAAAGAUGUCGAUUUAAAAAGCCCUUUCACUGUUUCUACUCGACCAAAUGUAGUUUGGAGUGAAAUACCUAUCAAGACAGCAACCAAUAAGACUACUAUAAUAUCAAGUGUUUCUUCCAAUAAGGUUCUAGCAAGCUCAUUGAAAUCUACUCAAAGAGGACAUUUCUUGCCAGAUCAAGAUAACACACAUGAUAUUGGCACAUUUGCCUCUCAGCCACAACUUACCUUGAAAAACAAAGUUACAGAUGAGCCUCUUUUAAAGGAUUCAGGGAAAAUGUCUAGUGGUGCUUGGAUUUCUAUAUUGAAACCACAAAAAUACAAUAUUGACACCAAAAAGGAGAUAGUUGACACCAAAAAGAUAGUUCAAAAGGUACAAGGAAAUGGGCCUUUCAUCUGUGAUGCUUGUGGAAUGACGUUUAGCUACUUAGCGCUUCUCAACUUACACAAAAUAAAGCACAAAUCUGUGUCAAAAAUGAUGUAUUACUGUAAAAAAUGUAAGUGUUCAGUUUAUGAAAAGGAUCGAGAGGCUCAUGAACGCACUCAUAAAAAGGCCUACAAACCAGAAAUGUACAUAUGCCAGUACUGUGGUAAAAACUUUCCUACAAUGAAUAAAUGUACUCUUCAUGAAAGAACUCACUUAGGAGAGAGGCCAUUUAUUUGUAAGGUUUGUGGAAAGGCAUUAGUUCGGAAGAGAAACUUGAUAUUGCAUGAAAUGACCCAUGCUGGAAAAAGGCCACAUAAAUGCCGAUUCUGUGAGAGACGCUUUGUGCAGAAACAUGCUGCUAUUAACCACGAAUGGGUUCACACGGGAGAAAAGCCUUUCAAGUGUAGGUUUUGCGGAAAGAGGUUCACACAAAGUGGUACACGUAACAGCCAUGAGAGGAUCCACACCAAUGUGAGGACCUUCCACUGCCAAUAUUGCAGGAAAGUUUUCGCUUAUGAGAGAGAAUGUGUUAAACAUGAAGCUGUUCACAAGGACAUAAAAUCAUAAAUUAUGAAGUGAAUUUACUUAGCACCAGUUAUAUCAUAAACAAGAAGUGCGUAAUUUGCAUGAACAAAAUUACAUAUUUCAUUUUUAUUCUAUUUUAUUUUUUUACUUUAUUGAAAGUUUGAAGAUUUGUUUUUAUGUUAAUAAAAGCUCCCUUAAAACCAUUGGUCACAUGAACAUGAUGCGUUUGACAGUAUUUGAUAAAAAAAUUAAAAAUACUACAUUUCCAACAUUUGAUUGAAUAAUACACCCCUAAAAUAUGUAUGACUUGGUUGUUGUUUAACUAUUUGGGGAUUGCGCACAGUUCUAGAUGUGAAGAGUGAAUUUGUUAUUAAAAAUAAAGACAGCACUUAAGUUAGUGUCUUAUAUGAAAUUGAUUGGACCUGGAGUUUUGCACGAGUUGUGUUUUAUAAUGAUUUGAUAGGUCAUAUACACUUUGCUUUGUCCAAUUACAAAUAAGAUCAUAAAAACAGCAUAAUUUUCACAUAAAACCAAUUACAAUUCAGAUAAUCCAUAAUAACAUUUCCUAGAGCAAUAUGCUUCAACUUUCUAAUGUUACAUAUAUGCGUCGAUUCUGUAGAGUGGAUGCCAGUUGGCAGCAUUAUUCCAUUCAAUUGUACAAACAAAUUAAAAAGAGAUGUGCCCUUUAGUUAAAAGAUGAACACACAUUUCUGUCAGUACAAAAUUUUGAGCAAUGUUGAUUGAAAUACUAUCCUGUUCGACUGCACAAUAAGAGACUCCUCUUAAAGCCUUUGACAAUUUGUUUUACAGCAGGAAAACCAGGUGGAGCAAAGAAAUGAAUUGCUCAGCUCAUCACAUACCAAAAGGGAGCAUCCUCAAGUUAUACUUA